CAGGAGAAGAAGACACUAUUUCAAAAGCUUCUAAAUUGUUAUAUCUUCUUAGCAGAGAUUCAUUGGAAAAUGUUCACCAGUCAACUGAGAGUAAAUCACUUGUUGGGCUUAGUGUCAAUUGUGAACAGGAUGCUUACAAACUUUACAAUGAUCAUGCUUUUGAAAAUGGAUUUGGUAUUCGUAGAUGCAGACAGAGGUUUAGGAGUGGGAAUGUAAGUUUGACUAUGAAGUCUUAUUGUUGUUGGAAAGAAGGGAAGAAACUACAAAAGGGUACCGAAAACAAAAUGUAUACCAAGUUAGAUUAUCGUACUGGUUGUAAAGCGAUGUUACAGUUUUCUAUUAGUUGUGAUGGUGAAUGGACUGUCUCAAAGCAUAUUAUUGAUCACAACCAUGCUUUCUGUGCAAUUGGUCAAAGACACCUGCUGAAAUCACAUAGAGGCGUUGAUCGUGAGUAUCUUGAAUUUAUUAUGUUGAUGAAGGAGAGUGGAACAAAGGUUUCAGAUGUUCACAGGAUGCUUCAAAAACAGGCUGGUGGUGUUAGUGCUCUUGGAUUCACGAAACGUGAUGCUUAUAACGUUCUAGAAUCUGAAAGAAGUAAAACGUUUGAUGGUACUGAUUCGAACACUUUGAUUGGUAUAUUUAAGAAAAGGGCUGAAGUGGAAUGUGAUUUUUUCUUUGAUUUUGAGUUGGUUGAUGGUAUACUGACUUGUUUUUUCUGGAGAGAUGGUCAAAUGAGAUCUGAUUAUGAGAGGUUUGGAGAUCUUGUUGUGCAUGAUACAACUUACAGGACUAACAAGUAUGAUAUGAUCUGUGGUCCAUUUAUUGGUAUGAAUCACCACUGUAAAAAUAUAAUGUUUGGUUGUGGCUUUAUUCUAAAUGAAAGGGUGGAGUCUUUUGUUUGGUUAUUUCAGACUUUUCUGAAAUCUAUGGGUGGUAAACACCCCAUCAGUUUCAUGACAGACCAGUCAUUUUCCAUGGCAACGGCUAUCAAAUCUGUAUUUCCUGGGGCGAGACAUAGACUCUGCACUUGGCAUAUAGAUGAGAAUUCAAAGAAACACAUCAUGCAUCUACGCAAGAAGAUAAAUUUUGUUUCUCUUUUUGAUUAUGUUGUCAAACGAUGUGAUACUGUUGCAGAGUUUGAUUUCUAUUGGAAUGAAUUGAAUACAGUUUAUGAAUGCAGUGACAACACAUGGUUGAAGAGGCUGUACAGUCAUAAAGAAAAGUGGUGUCCUGCUUUUUCGAAGGAUUACUUCUCUGGUGGUGUUUUAUCCUCUCAAAGAAGUGAAUCUACAAAUAGAUCUAUAUCUAGAAGACUUACCAAGACUGCAACAUUAUGUGAUUUUUACAAAAUGUUUUGUGAUGUUGUUGAUGAAUGGAGGUUAGAUGAGAAUGGUCAUGAUUUUAGAUGUUCUGAAGGCACCGUUGAGAUGGUAUUGCUACAAGACACUUUGUUGACUCAUGCGAGAGAUGUGUAUACCCUUGAGAUUUUCAAAGUGUUCCAAGAACAAUAUUUGAAGGGUAUGUCACAUUUUUUUAAAUUAAUCUCACAGAAUUGUCAUGACUAUGUGUAUCAUGUUUGGUUGAAUGGGGUAGAUAUGAUUAGACACAGUGUUACUUUUAAUCGGCAUGACAACACAGUGACAUGCACUUGUAAGAUGUUUUCUGAAGUUGGCAUUUUUUGUAGACACAUUUUGCGUAUAUAUAAUGUGCAUUGUGUCAAAUGUAUUCCCCAAGUUUAUAUACUCUCUAGAUGGACAAAGGCUGCCAUUCUUCCAAAUGUUAAUCUUUCUAUUACGCACGGAACCGAUAUUAUGUCUGGCAAAAUAUUGGAAGAUUCUGUUUGGAGAGUGCAAAUGACUAGGAAAUUCAACUCAGUAUUGAGUGCAAGUGCUGCUUUUCCUGAAGCUAGACGAGUAUGUGAUCAAGGAUACGAGUCUAUUAAACAUUUUUUAGAUGCACAAAGAGAUGCUUCUGUUGUGGAUGAAUCUGCUUCUAGGACAAUAUUGGAUCCUCCACGGUCUCGUUCUAAAGGUCAGCGAAAUACCCGAAAGAGAAGUAUUGUUGAGAAACAGUGCAAAAUAGUCAAAGCUCGCCGUUCAAAAUCCCAAAAUGUUGCCUCCAAUUCAAAAGCAGUUGCUCAAACAGUGCAAAAAUAUUUUCUUAUCAUUAAUUUUUGUUUUGUUUGAUUGUAGGACACUGUUAAUUUCAUGGUUCCACAAGGUUAUGUACUUGCUCAUCCAAUUGGAGGAAUGACGUCUUUAAUGCAUGUGUCUGGAUCUCCACAAGUUUUUGCUCCAUACUUCAUGCAAUCCAAUGCUUUGAACCAAAUGCAGAAUUAGUUAUAGUUACACAUGUUUGGAAAACCAAAUGCUUUGAGGAGUUUACAUAUCAUAUUGUGAACUUUUACUUUUGUUGCACCUUGAGUUAUAUUUUAUUUUAUAGAAUUUAUAUUGUCUUUACAGUUUGUUUACAUGUCAUACAGCAUUGCCAUAAAUACAAUACGCAAUCAAGUUUGUUUACAUUUAUUUAUAUUACAGAAUGUAAUCUGUG